AUGUAUGUGAGAACAGUGUCACCCAACCCUGGCAACUUUCCCUAUGACCCCCGUCUUGUAGGCAAGUCUAUUACCCAAAUAAAGAGGAUCCUGGGAGGCCUCAAGUGCCUGAUUGAGCCCCCUCAAAAACUGAAGCUUGAUGAGCUUACGAAGUUUGCUACAGAGCAUUUGCAGGCCGGUACGUGUUUUCUGAUCCAUGAGUUUGGAAUACUAGCUGAAAUUAUACCAUUAACAUUAGAACCAGACUCCGAUUUGAGCUCUGAGCUUUCUUCCCUGCCCAAGAGUGGAUCCAAAGACGGGGACAAUGAGGCAGCAAAUAAUGUCCCGCGAACGCGCACCGGCGGUGGUGGACCAAUUCCAACCAAACCUUUGCAAACACCAAGGGGUUGUUACAAUCUCAAAGGCAUGAGGACGCCAGGGUUGAGCAGUACCAGCGGCCCACAAACGCGCUCCAGUAGUGGUGUCAAGACUCCAGGCAAAGCCAAGUCUCCCGUUGUUCCGGCUUCAAACACAACUCCCACCAAUCACCCAGCUCCCAGAACAACAAAGCCCCGCGUUGCAGUCCCAUCGGAUCCGGUAAGCAAGCAAACACCGGCUAAACAACCCCGGCCCAAUGUGAACAAAAGUCUGAAAAUCUGGCGCCCAGGGAUGCCACUUGUCUUUCAAGAUGGACCCGGUAAACGGACAACAAAUACCACACAUCAGGCUAACGGUAAGAUUGGAUUUCCCACUGCCCCUUACCCACCACCAAACACGCAAGCGCUGACCACAAGAAAGGUUUUAAUCAUAGACAUACCCGUGGACCGCUGUCAAUCGGAACCCUUAACCCCAUCCAGGCCUCAAGAUCAAUCACCAGGCCCAUUUACGUCCAGACCAGACUCCGGCAGAACCAGUCCAAUUCGGAUUGACAUCAUGUCCUGUGGAAUUCCCACCGGCGCAGCCCCUCUUGUCAUGAAACCCGAGGACAUGCAGAUUUUAACCACAAUUGAUUUCUCACAGCCAUUGCUGGACGAUGCAAACUCUGGUAUGCCUGAUAUUGCCCCGGCCAUCUACAUGGAUGCGCCUUUGGACGACAAUAAUUUGCCCAUUCCGGACGCUGUCUCAAGCUUGUGUAUGACUAAUAUUGCCCCAGACAUCUACUCUGAUGCGCCGUUGGACGUGUGCAACAUCCCAAUUCCGCACUCGGUCUUACAAUUUACAACACCAUCACCAUUGCCAAAAAAGAAAGAACAGAUAGGCCCAUCACAAACGCCUUGUACCAAGUCUACAAAUGAGGACCCCUCAUCCAUUCAGGAUAAUCAUCAUUGCAAAUCUGACCGCGACAACACCAUCAACAAAGCCUGUGUGCCCAUGGAUGUGGACACCGAUUAUCACCAGGCCCCCAUUGAUCAAGAACUUGGGCUGCGUGCCAUUGAUGAUAUCUUCCAAUGGCUUGACAAGGACAUCAAAGAGGAGAAAUUGCAACUUCAGUCCCCCCCCCCUAAGGCCACACAACAACCUGCGCCACUUGCCCAACAACCAGAGACUCACCUUCCGUCAACGCCCCCAACGUGCAAUUUUGGAUCAGCCAGCUUUGAGUUUUGGGUCCCAGCGUACACUCGCCAGGAUUAUUGGAAGCUAGCCGGUUGCUCCAUUUCAGAGCCAAAAAAUGCUCACAGGACUGACAAGCCCAAUGCCUGCCCCUUCUAUCUCCCUAAGAUUGAGAACGUCUCAUUCCCUGAGAUCGCCCCUCCUCUUCGACUCCCAACCGCUGUUGAGCAGGACGCCUCGUCUCCCCCCUCACUCCCAAAGGCCAAGGAGGAUGCCUCCAACGGCACCACCCCCCUGGCUCUCCCUCAGCUCCCAGAAGCUGGCCUGGAGUACCCAGCGGCCGGCGAUGAAGCCGCCUCAGACCCUGUGACCGCGCCUGCCAUCCCAAAGGAGAACACUGCAGACCCAGAGACCAACCUGGCCCUUUCUGAGCUUCCAGGAGCUGACCCAGAGAUCCCAACCGCCGUUGAGCAGGACCCCUUGUGCCCCCCCUCACUCCCAAAGGCUGAGGAGGACGCCUCCGACAGCACCGACCCCCCGGCUCUCUCUCAGCUCCCAGAAGCUGGCCUGGAGGACCCAACGGCUGGCGAUGAAGCCGCCUCAGACCCCAUGACCGCGCCUGCCAUCCCAAAGGAGAACGCUGCAGACCCAGAGACCAACCCGGCCCUUCCUGAGCUUUCAGAAGCUGACCCAGAGAUCCCGACUGCCCUCAAGCAGGACGCCUUGGCCCCCCCCUCACUCCCAAAGGCCGAGGAGGAAGGCUCCAACCCCGCUUUCCCGACUGGAAACCUGACCCUGGAGAAUUUUCAAUCACUCUCCACCAAGGUGAUGGAAUCAGAAUCUGGUGAGUAA